CAGAAUACAAUGAUUUGUGUCGAUUUAAAUAUAAUAUUAAAUAGGUAUGAAACGUUAAACAUUUAUUAACAUUUAAAAUUAUUCAUUCAUAGUUUCAUACCUGAUUUUAAUGUUUUAUUAUUUUAUUGUGGUAUUAAUUUCUUACCGUCCAUUUACCAAAACCAAAAAAUUAAAAAUAAUAAAUGUAAGCAGACCGAAUACAAGAUAAUUCAUAUUGCACGAUGAAGGAUAAAUUUGAAAGAGAAGGAUGAAAAAGGAAAUCGCAAGUUCAGAGGAGAGCGCAUUAUAACUGCAAUAGCCAAUAGGUAGGUAUAUUAUAUAUUUAUAUAUAAUGUCGGACGAAGAUCGAUUAUCCAUAAACGCACUGCCCGACGAGAUUUUGCUGUACGUAUUCCGAACGCUGUCCGCCACGGAGUUCGUCGCGACCUUGCCGCUCGUCUGCGAACGAUGGUCACGGAUAAUCGCGUCGGACUCGUGUACGCUAAAGCGGAUCGGCAUGCAUCACGCGAACGCGAUCGCAGCCGUCGAGUUCUUCUACUUCCGGGACGAAAGCGAACGGUCGCAGAUGUUCCACUGGCCGUCCGACGAUUACGGGCGGCUGUUGCGGACGACGACCGUGCAAUGUACCGGUCACGACUAUCGCGGUGCUGCUGCAGGGCGAGUGGGUUACGCGAACGCGUUCUACUUGUUCGCCCGGUACGAGGAGAUCUGCGGACACGUUGCCGCGCUGAUGAUCUCGUCCAAUCUAUCCGUGUACGCUACCGACGGAUUCACGUUUGUCGAUCGACUGACCACGUUGGUGUUGCACGGUGUCCGGAUCCGGGAGGCGGACCAGUACACGCUCGCCGAACUGGGCACAGUGUACGUAAACGUGCUGGACGUGGUGUACGUGAAAUGUUCGCUGGCCCUGCGCUUCGAUCUAAAGUUUCUGCACGCCGGGUUUGGGCAGCUGCGACGGUUCCGGGCCGACCACAACGCCGUCGGCGUUCGUUUCCUGGACGACCUGUUGCACACGCACCGCCACACGCUGGAAACGGUCGUGCUGGGCGAUUGCACGGUGACGGGUGACCGGUGGAUAGAUGUCCUGUCGGAGAGGCUUCGCGGACGAACCAUCAACCGCUUGAGCAUGCACAGUGCGUACUUCACCGACAGGUGCGUGAAUCAGUUUCUGACCUCUGCCGACUUGGUCCUGCCUGAUGAUAGAUCCAACGUGAUCAUUGAUAGUGAUCUAGGUAGGAUCUCGUUUUCCAUUAACAUCGAUCCAUUAUAAUGAUUUUGUUUAUCAAAAAUGUGCUAAACAAAUGAUAAAGUAAAGAAUAAAAACCCCGUUUUUGUUCUCGAGCAAUGAGUACGCAUAAAACGAUGUGGAUAAUAUGUAUUAUUCUUUGAAUUCCCGUGCAAUUUGCGGUUAUUUGUAAUUAUAACAAUACUAUAACAUAAAAUAUAUACUAAUAUAUUAUUAUAUUAUAUAUUUAUUAAGUACAGUUACCUAAAUAUAAACAAAUUUGUGAUAUUUUCAUAUUUUAUUUUAGUUCAUGGGCUUAAGUGUUAAUUAUUUAUGAUAAAUGUACAAUUAUAAUUUAAUUUAAUUAUACUAUAUGAUAAUGAUAUAUUUAUUACAUUUUAUUGUUAAAAAUAUAAACUUAAUAAAAUUGUUGUAUUAGGUAUUUAGGUAUUAUAUAAUAUAUAGUAUCCACUCGAAUAUUGUCAUACCGAGUACCUACUGCAUACCACUACUACAGUUGUACUUCAAAAUCAUAUAUUUAAUAUAUUAAUGUUGUUAUUAAAAAUUAAAUUACUGUUAUUGAUACAAUGAAAAUAAAAAUAAAUUAUAAGUUAUUAUUAUAAAAUAUUAAGUUAUAUAAUUCCAUCAUUUAUAAAUAGUUACAUAGGUUAUGUAUAUUUACUAAUUUGUAUCUUAAUACUCUAGAGCCUAGGCUAAUAGCCUAUAUGAUGUUGAAGUUUUUAUUUAAUAAUUAUAAUAAAAAAAAAAAAUACUAUUACAUUCACUUUCCUCGGUAAAUUUUAUACGAAUAGUAUAAAAAUAGUUUACACAGGAAAAGUAUACAACGAAUAAUAAUAUAAUAAUAUAUUAAUAUUAUGUAGACUAUAGAGUAUACUGACUAUACCGUAAACCUAUAGGCUAUAAUACAAUAACAUAAACAUACUAAUAUAUUAUUAUUAUAUAUUUAUUAAGUGCAACAAUAAUAAGAUUAAUUAAUAUAAAUAAUACGAAUAUUAUACUUAAAAAUAUAAAAUUAAAAAUAAAUUGACUUAGGCAUUCAAUUAAAUUUUAAAUAAUAAUCAUAAAUGUAAUACACACAUAUUAUAUUGCAAUAAAAAUGUGUAUAGGUUGUCAUUUGUUGUGUUUAGGUACUUAUUAGUUUGAAAUCACCUUCAAUUUAGGCUAAAAUUAUGGCAGUAAACAACUUUCAGUUUUAGGUAGUCCUAAACCCUUCUAGUUCUAUUGUUGCAAAUGCAUGUAUUAUAUACACAAGGCCGCAGCCCAUAGCGCAAUAAAAAAAUAUAUCUUUUUAACAAACUCAUAGGCGCAAAUAAAUUUUACAAAAUAAUAUUAUAGUUAUUAAUUAAGCUUUUAUCAAUUUCAAUUGAUCGCGAUCACUGUUGUUUUUGAAAUAAAAAUAGUAUAAAUUUAAGAAAUAAAUAUAAUGAACAUCAAAUUUUAAACUGAAGCUUGAUGAACAGCCAAACAGGUACACAGGGGCGGAUACGUGGGGGGAUGGGGCGAUCCCCUCCCCUUGGGCCGUAUUAUUUACGUUAUUUUUAUAUUAUAAAAUUGGGCUGAAAACUGAUAUUUUAAUUUUUUGAUACUACUAAUAAUUAGACAUAAAGCCAAGGUGGAUUCACCUUGCAUAAAGCAUUAGUUAUGACUUAUGAUAAGUGAUAAAAGUAUAUUGUUUGUAGUUUUGUAAAGUAAUAAAUAGUAAAAAUAAAUUAUUUUUAUUUUUUUA